AUGUCCAAUGGUGUAUGGAAAGUAAUUCAACGCCGCCAAGAUGGAUCUGUAGACUUUUAUAGAGAUUGGGAUGAAUACGUGGAUGGAUUUGGGACCACAAUAGGAGAAUACUGGCUUGGUCUUAAAUACAUAAACAUAUUAACAACAAUUGGCAGUGAACUUUAUAUAGAAAUGGAAACGUUUGAACAUGAUUAUGUUUCACCCGCAUCAGCUUUUGCCGAAUAUUCCACCUUUAAAGUCAAUGGCGAAAGUGACGAAUACAGGUUGUCAGUAUCGGGAUAUAAUGGAAACAUAACGGCUGGAAAUUAA